AUCAAGGUAAACUCUAUAUUGUUCGAAUAUAUAGGCAACAAGUUCAGUUAUAAAUACACAUGUCUUAUUCGGUUGUGAAGAAAAUUAUUACUAUUCAGAAUACCACAUACCAUCAUCAUGACAGUAGACACUGCUUACACUGGCGAACUUCCAGGCCUCACCCUCCUAGCCAGGGGAAAAGUGAGGGACAUAUAUGAUGUGGAUGAUAACUCUCUGUUGUUCGUUGCAUCCGAUCGCCUGUCAGCCUUUGAUGUGGUUAUGAAGACCGGUAUUCCUGAUAAGGGCAAGGUGCUUACACAGAUCAGUAUGUUUUGGUUUGAUCUGCUAAAGGACGUUCCGAACCAUGUGAUCACAGCUGAUGUAAAUGAGAUGCCCGCUCAGAUACAAAAGUACGCCAGCCAGCUCGCAGGCCGUUCCAUGCUUGUGAAGAAGCUCAAGAUGCUUCCGGUGGAGGCUAUUGUGCGAGGUUACAUCACUGGCAGUGGGUGGAAAGAGUACCAGCGCAAGGGUACCGUGUGCGAUCUGGAGUUGCCUAAGGGUCUUGAGAAUUGCUCGAAGCUGGAGAAGCCUCUGUUCACUCCCAGCACCAAAGCGGAGGAUGGUCUACAUGACGAGAAUAUUCACCCCGACAAAUCGGCCCAAAUACUUGGAGCGGAGCUGAAUCAAAAAGUGGCCGAAACUGCGAUCCAAAUAUAUGAGACGGCGAGAGCCUUCGCAGCGGAGCGCGGUAUCAUCAUCGCCGAUACAAAAUUCGAGUUUGGACUCGACAACGACGGCAAUUUAGUGCUUGCAGAUGAGGUUCUGACGCCCGAUAGCAGUCGUUUCUGGCCUGCCGAUGAGUAUACACCGGGAAAGGAGCAAAACAGCUUUGACAAGCAGUUCAUCCGUAAUUACCUGGAAAGUAUCAACUACGACAAAACAACACCCGUCACCAUACCCGACAAUGUGAUCACUCGGUCGCAACAGAAGUACCUGGAGGCUUUCGAGAUUAUCACCGGCAAAAAACUUAGUACAUAAUAAAACUCAAAUAUAGUAUCACUGAAUAAAAGUGUCAGCAAGCUGAUAACUUGAACGGACA